AUGGCGAGCCGCGCACAGAGGCUCGAAGCGCUUGCCGCUUUGAAAGCCUCGCGCACUGGUGGUGCACGCGUGCACCCCAAAGCCGAGGACGACGAUUCGAUUUACGACGAGGUCUCGGAGCAGACCUACCAGUCGAUUGUCCGUGGCCGGAUGAUGGAAGACGACUUUAUUGAAGAUGACGAUGGCAGUGGAUACGUCGACCAUGGCCAGGACGAGUGGGAGACCCACGAACAGAGCUCGUCCGAGCCGGAUACCGAGGACGAGCAAGAGUACUUUGAGCGGACGGGCCGCAAGAAGCCCAAGAAAGGCGCGAAGCGCACGCGCAAGAGCGCCGCCGGCCAACUCGACUACGUCGGCCGCCCCAAUACGAACACCGCCCGCCCCGUGCGUCGCGAGAGCGCCCCGACGAAAGAGUCGGAAGACGCGUUCAUGUCGCAGCUCUUUGGCGGCCUCCAGGGCUCGCUCGCGACGCCCGCGCGCCCCCAGAGUGUGCGCCUGCAAGAGUCGCGCUACGAGUCGCCCUCGAUGGUACUUGCACGCAAGCGGAAGCAGCUGCAUGCGCCGUCGGCGCUUCCCGCGCUCCACGAUAGCUCCUCCUCGACCGAGGCAAGCAGCGACCCGCCCGAGUUUGCGAACGAGAGCUGGUCGGGCGACGUGCACAUCGCUGGCAGCGACUCGCCGCCGUGGAGCGCCGACAAGGCAGAAGUCGAGACGCUCGCGACGCCUGCGAGUGCCAAGAAGCUCAAGAGCGAGCCGAUGGACGACAUGGACGAGGACGACUUUGGCAUGAUGCACGUCGAGGGCAAGCGUACCGCGAACCUCGUCAAUGCCAAGGCUAGUGCACCGGCUCCCGCGACGCCGGCCGUCGCGCCGCCUGUGAAGAAGGAGGCGCCGAAAGAGACGCCCAAGAACCUCCAGUCCUGGCACGCGGUCCACACCGGCCUGGUCGACACGACAAGCUCGCCGGCGCCCGCAACGCCUGCGGUGAAGGAUGCGACGCAAAACUCGCCGGCUACGUCGAGCGUGCAGUGCUUCCAGGACGAUCGCUCGGUCCACUUUUUCUGGCUAGACCACUUUGAGAUUCAGGGUACCGUGCACCUCUUCGGUAAGGUGUGGGACCGCAGCAGCGACCGCUACGUGAGCUGCUGUGUGAGUGUCGGUGGUAUUGAACGCUGCAUCUUUUUGCAGCCACGCGACAAGAUGCUGGUGAACGGCCACCCCUCGGACGUGACGCCGGGCGAGGACGAAGUCUACGACGAGUUUGACGCGAUCCGCUCCAAGCAUGGCAUCCAGGCGUGGCUCGGCAAGUGGGUCACGCGCAAGUACGCGUUCGAGCUACAGGACGUGCCGGCUGAGGGCGAGUACAUGAAGGUCAAGUAUGGCUUUGACGAGCCGCAGCUGCCGAUGGACGUGAGCGGCGCGACGUUCUCGCGUGCGUUCGGCACCAACACGACGGCCUUUGAGCUGUUUGUCAUCAAGCGCCGCAUCAUGGGCCCGUGCUGGCUCCGCAUCGAGAAUGCGAGCGUGAGCACGCAGGCGCCGCAGACCUGGAGCAAGCUCGAGCUGUCGGUCGACGAUCCCAAAGAGGUUGCGCCGUUCGCGGAUACCGACGCGACCGCGCCGAAAGAGAUGCCGCCGAUCACGAUCAUGUCGCUUUCGAGCCGCUCGGUGGUGAACUACAAGGAGAACAAGCGCGAGAUUGUAGCGGUGAGCGCGCGCGUGUGGCGCGACGCGUCUCUCGAGAACCCCACGCCGCCGGAGCAGCUCCCGUCGACGUCCUUUACGGCGGUGCGCCCGCUCGGCCCGUCGUUCCCUACGCGCUUCGAGCAGGAGGCGAAGCAGGGCAAGACCAAGAUCCAAGCGCUCAAGUACGAGCGUAUGGUGCUGAACAGCUUCCUUGCGCAGGUGCAUCUUAACGAUCCUGAUGUGAUUCUGUCGUACGACUUUGCCGGCUCGAACCUGGACAUUCUGCUGCAUCGCAUGAAGGACCUCAAGUGCGAGCAGUGGAGCAAGAUGGGCCGCCUGCGCCGGACCAAGUGGCCGAUGCUGCGCCAAGGCAUGAACACGCGUAUGCUGGCCGGCCGCCUGGUGUGCGAUUUGUCGAGUGACACGGCCAAGGGCAUGAUCAGCUCCACGACCUGGUCGCUGAGCGAGAUGUGCCGCACCUACCUCAACAUCCAGCGUGAGGACAUCGACCCUGACGACAUUGCAUCGUACUUUGACUGCACGGCGCCGACGCCCGAGCGUCUGCUGACAUUUGUGCGUCACUGCGAGGUGGAUUCCUUCUUCCAGAUGGCCAUCGCGAGCAAGGUCCAGCUGCUUGCGCUCACCAAGCAGCUCACGAACCUGGCCGGUAACUCGUGGUCGCGUACGCUGAACGGCGGUCGUGCGGAGCGCAACGAGUAUAUUUUGCUGCACGAGUUCCACCGCAAAAAGUACAUCUGCCCCGACAAGAUCUCGGCCUGGGAGAAGAAAGCGCUCAAGAGUGGCAAGGACGAAGGCGAGGCGCCGACCAAGAAGGAAAAGUUCAAGGGUGGUCUGGUCUUUGAGCCGAAGCGUGGUCUGUGGGACCGCUAUAUCCUGGUCAUGGACUUUAACUCGCUGUACCCCAGCAUUAUCCAAGAGUUUAAUAUCGACUUCACGACGGUCGACCGCUCGGACGCGGGUCUGGCGGAAGGCGACCAGGUCCCAGAGAUUCCCUCGUCGGACAUUACGCAAGGUGUGCUGCCCCACCUCAUUGCUACGCUCGUGAACCGUCGUCGUCAGGUCAAGGGGCUGAUGAAGGACAAGAACGCGCCCGCGCUCAAGCUCCUCCAGUGGAACAUUAAGCAGCAGGCGCUCAAGCUCACUGCGAACUCGAUGUACGGCUGUCUUGGUUUCGAGAACUCGCGCUUCUACGCGCGCCCUCUCGCCGCCCUGACUACGUUCAAGGGCCGUGAGAUUCUCACGACGACCCGCGAGCUGGCCGAGAGCAUGUCUCUGGAUGUGAUUUACGGCGACACGGAUAGUGUCAUGAUCAACACCAACUGCGUGGACUACAGCGAGGCGCUGCGUAUCGGCAACGAAUUCAAGCGCGCGGUCAAUGAAAAGUACAAGCUCCUCGAGAUUGACAUUGACGGUGUGUUCCAGCGCAUGCUGCUCCUGCAAAAGAAGAAGUACGCUGCGCUGCUCGUCAGCGACUCGGGCAAGACUAGCACCGAGAUCAAGGGUCUCGACAUGAAGCGCCGCGAGUACUGCCAGCUCUCGAAGAACGUCUCGAGUUACGUCCUAGGCCAGAUCCUCUCCGGCGAGGCUACCGAGACGGUCGUGGAAAAGAUCCACGAGUACCUCGAGCAGGUCGCGACUGACGUCAAAGGCGGCAAGAUCCCGCUCGAGGACUAUGUCAUCUACAAGCGUCUCGGCAAACACCCCAAGGACUACCCCGAUGCGCAGAGCCAACCUCACGUCCAGGUCGCGCUGCGCAUGCUCGCCAAGAACGAGAGCGCCCGCAGCGGCGACGUGAUUCCCUACGUCUUUUGUGUCGGACCGCAACAGGCUGCCGAGUCCAAGGCGACGCAGGCCGAGCGCGCGUUCCAUCCGGACGACGUGCGCCGGCACACAGACGAUGCCGCGUACACCAUCGACUACAAGCACUACCUCUCGCUGCAGAUCAUGCCCCCGAUCGAGCGUAUCUGCGAGAGCAUCGAAGGUACCGAUCGCUCGCGCCUCGCAGCGUGCCUUGGUCUGGACGCGCACGCGUACGCCGCGCCUUCCGCCGCGGACAGCACGGGCAGCGGCCGCGAGUUUGCGCCGCUCGAUAGCCAAGUUCCGAGCGUCGUGCGCUACGCGCAGUGUGCGCCACUCUCGAUCCGCUGCCGCAAGUGCGGUGAGGCGAGUGUCGUGGACGGCCUCGCGAAGCUGAAGCCGGACGCACCCCAUGCGCUGUCGCUGGAGCGCGGUUUUGCGUGUACGAAUGCCGCGUGCGGCGCGCCGCUUGCGCUGCCGUCGAUGGUAGUGCAGCUCGAGCUGGCGAUCCGCUCGUACAUUGCGCAGUACUACCACGCCUGGUCGAUCUGCACCGAGUCGACGUGCGGUGCGCGGACGAACCAGACGGGUGUCUACAGCGGCCGCUGCCUCGUCCAGGGCUGCCGCGGCAAGACGAAGCAGGAGUACUCGGACAAGGAGCUGUACACCCAGCUGUGCUACCUGGACUACCUCUUUGACGCGGAGCGUGCGCUCGCCGAGAUUGGCGAUGGGCCGCAGCGCAAGUAUGUGCAGGACACGAUGCAAGCGCACAAAGAGUCGAUCGGUGCACUGCAUGCGCUGGUGCAGCAGUACCUGGGCCGUAACGGGCGGCGGUACGUCGGGCUGCGGAAGCUCUUUGGCUUUAUGCGUGUGUAG